AUGGCCGAUCAGAAGUCGGAGUUCAUCGAGAGGGCUAAGCUCGCGGAGCAGGCCGAGCGCUACGAGGACAUGGCCAAGGUCAUGAAGGAGGUCGUCGAGCUUGGCGAGGAGCUGGAGCUGGAAAGUCGAAACCUCUUCUCGGUCGCCUACAAGAACGUGUCUCUCCUUGAAAACUACCUCAUCCCGAAGGCACAGUCCGCCGAUUCGAAGGUGUUCUACAUCAAGAUGCGAGGCGACUAUUUCCGCUACUUGGGAGAGAUCCUUCUUGGAGACGAUCGCAAAGUCGAAAAGGCCGAACAAGCUUACAACGAGGCCUUCGUCAUUGCCAAGGAGAACAUGGUUCCGACGCACCCAAUUCGUCUCGGCUUGGCCCUCAACUUCUCGGUCUUCUACUAUGAGCUGGCUGGCAACCAGCAGAAGGCUUGCAAAAUGGCUAGGGAGGCGUUUGAUGAAGCUGUCAAGGGGCUGGACUCGUUGAACGAAGAUUCGUACAAGGAUUCUACCCUCAUCAUGCAGUUGCUGCGAGACAACCUGACGCUCUGGGGCACCGAGGCGCUCGAUGAAAGCCAGCCGGACGAC